AUGACGGCCACAGGUCGUGAGCGCUUGGCGCGGCUUUGCUGGCUCGUGGGGGAUGCUGGAACCACUGCUCUGAGGGUUACAUUUGACUGCUUUUAUUCACCAAUGAACCUAAAGAAAAACAUCAACAGACUAGAAAUGCGCAACACUGUGGGGAAACUUUUGAGUCAAGGGCGGAUAACCAAGGCAGAGUGGGAACAGAUGUACCCUUCGGAGCAGCGGAACAUCUCGUCAAACAAAUUCGACUUUGACAUGCUGGUUGUACUGCUGCAGAAUAUCUGUCAUAUGAGCUCCCCUUACCCUGGAGGCUGGUGUAAAGAGCCUCUACCAGAAGAUGAGAGCCUCAGUGCUGACAUCACGCGAUUAAAAGUAGCCAAGGAUAACUUGUGCACUGCUGAUUCUUUAAGCGAAGAGACAUAUAAAAAAUUAUGGGAGCUUACUACAGGUGCAAUUUUUCGCCUCGGAGGUGCGGAAGGGAAGAGGAAAAUCCAUCGUGUGGAGAGCGAAAUUUUGACAACAGAAUUCAUGCAGAACCAGUUCAUUCAACAGCUUCAGAAGAAAAAAGAGCAACUGGUGGAAAGGACUGAGGUGGACAACAAAAGCAAGCUGCUGAAGCAGAGGAGCUCCAUGUCGCCAUUUAAAGACAUCCCUCAUGAAGAACAUUCAGGAGAAGGUAUCCCUCAGGAAGACAUCAUAGUGCUGAAUAAGACCUUCAAGUUCCUGAUAGAGUCUAUCCAGGUCGAGGACACUCUGGACUUCCUCCAGAACAGCUCUGUGAUAGAUGAAGCUCAGAGAAAGAGAAUCCUCUCCAUCCAUAAAAAUGCUCCCAAAAUGAGAUUCCUGAUUAACAUUAUUCAGAAGUCAACCAACAAGCAAGCCUUCAAGUUGUUUUGUGAAAGCAUCAAGGACAAAUAUACCACAGUGUACAGCAUCAUUGUCAAGGCUAGAGACCAAAUAUACCAGCAGGGGUUGGCCAACAAAUCAGAUAUUCUUGGUUACUGCAAAAGGAUCAUCACCACAAGAUACAAAACCUUGUACAGUCACAUGACACCCCUACUCUGGGAGGAAUGGACCAAACCAAGAGAUAAAUGUUAUGUGCCACUCCAGAUUGUCAACAGCCAUGGACAAGAGCUGUCACUGGAUGAAUGUUUCCCCAAACGCUCUACAAUUAAGGUGAUGUUUGGGAGCCCAGGCUAUGGGAAGACAACACUGGGUGGAAUGUUGGCCAAGAGCUGGGCACAAUCUCCAGAUGACUGUCCAUCAACCUGUGACCUACUCCUCUAUCUGGACAUAGCAAACACGCAAGGAAAAAGUAUUCUGGAUUUAAUCUACGGCCAAAUUUUCCCUGAUGGAUUUCGCGUCAGUAAGACAAAUUUUCAGUUGGCCAUAGAGAAUAAUGCAGAAAAGAUCCUAUUUGUUCUUGAUGGUUUCACAGAUGGAUUUACCAACAGCAGUGUGGAGGAGAUCUUAAGAGGUUCACUGUACAAAGGUUGUUCAGUGCUGUUGAUGGCUGAUCCAUCUUGCAAAAAGGUCAACGGAUUCAGCCCACAUAGCUAUGUAUACUGUCAAGGGUUGCAUGAGGUAAGCAUUGCUCGCUGCAUCAGGACGUAUACAAACUUGGUGGAUAUUGAAGACAAGCCGCUAAAUAAAUUCAUAUCGAGUCUGCGUGGCAAUAUGGCCACAAUACAAACGCUAAGGAAUCCUCUUCUGUGCAUGUCAGUGGCAGCAUACAAUGAAGACACGCUUCCCUCCCUUGACACACUCUCCCGAACAACUUCUGCCCUAAAAAGCUUCUUCCAGAUACUUCUUGCACACUUCUGCACUGACAACGGCCUUUUGACUACUACAGGUAAAAUGCAAGAGGUCAUGAAACAAACACUGAACAAACUACAAGAGAGGGCAUACAGCAACAUGCUGGCCAGCUGCUCAUGCAUAAGCUCAGAGGAAAUGGAAGCAUUUGAAGUAGAGUCACUUCAUAAACUUGGCAUCUUCGUCCAGGUCCAUCAUGUGUGGACAUAUCAGAGCUCUAUGUGGAGAGAUUUCCUGGCAGCCCUUCAUCUGGCAGAAAUGGAAGACGAAGAAUUCACAAAAGAUAUUUUCUACCACAAGCUACUAAAGCUGUCCAAGUAUGAACAAUGUAUACAGUUUCUCUGUGGGAUAUUAUCUUUGGGUCAAAACUCAGAAAAACUCAGCCAAAUAUUUACUGAGUUUGUCUCACAUAACAGAAGAAGCAUUCGGGGGAUUAACUUUGUUACAGAGAAGAAUGACAAAGAGGAAAACCCUCAGAACAAACGUUCUGGUCAGUUCAGAGAUUUUGCCCCAAGCCUCCGUGCUCUGUACGAAACCAGAAAUGACAAGAUGAGCCAGAUGAUGUCAGGGUCCAUGCCACCAUGCAUGGUGAUAAAGAGCAACCAUCUCUUCUCGGAAAAUGCCCUUUUAGGGCUGUCAAGCGUCCUUAGACUACAGACUACAAUGUUAUUUGAACUGGAUAUCAGUUUGGGUAAGCUGCAUGAGUUCCAGACGUACAGUUUGUUGGAGAUGGCACGAGCUCUGGGUCAAAACCAGCAUGUGAGAAUACUAAGAGUGACAUGGUUGUCUAUGAACAUUGCAGCCUGUUUCCUUGGUGCGGUUCUCGAAAACAACACAUCUCUUCGUCAAGUUCAUGUUGACCGGGGAAAGGGUCGACACACUAUGCCCUCCCGUGACAGCGCUGCUUUAUGGGCAGGGCUGCAGACUGCCAGUUCUAACCUAGGACACUUGGAAUCCUUCAGCUUCCUGAACUGCCCCUAUCCAGGAGUAGUUGGCCAUGUUCUUCGGCACCUUCCGUCAACCCUUCCUCAUCUGAAUAUCAGUGGCUCAGCAUUUGACAUGGUUUGUGGGCAUCGUCUUGCGUCUUUCCUUGGUCGUACAAAACGACUGACCUUCCUAGAUAUCAGUGGGGUCCAAAUUGGAAACACAGAGUUCUUUACCCUUGUCCAAGGGCUUAAGGUCUGUCCAUCUCUACAGGUUAUGAAGGUUGCUCAAAUCAAACUGGGAAGAUUAGCGUUCCUAGGUCUAUGUGAUUCUUUGAUCAUGACAAGGAACAUCGAGAAACUGGACCUGAGUGGCUGUCAGCUGACUGAUGAGAUGGGGACAAGAUUAGCACAAAUUACAGAGAAGGUAGCCUCUCUGAAGACACUGAAUCUGCAAAACUCCGAAAUUUCUCAGGAAGGGAGGUCACUCAUACAGCUUUCCAGUCCUCGCUCUCUCAAAGUCCUUGGCAUACACAAGGGGAAUGGCCUGCCACCAAUAAUUGGUGGACGAUAAUAAUCAUGCAUAACCCAUUACAACAGCAUCACCAGUGCAUCGUUAUGAACUUGUAUGACAGGUGGGAUAUGUAAAAAUGUGCUGCUAUGCAGAUAAAGCGAAUCUAUAAGAAAUGACAUCAUCAACUGCCUGAAACUGAAAAGCAACCAGCAUAGCGGAAACGAAUAAGGUGAUUAGCUAAUGAAAGUAUUUAAUAACUUCCUUUAGUGUUGGUAUAUAACAACUAAAGUCUUA